CUCGCGAUACGAUCACGAUCAGGCGAUGGACGAUCAGCGACUCCUUGUCGAGAGCUUUGAGCGAGUAUUUCGUCUCGCUGGCAAUGGAUUAUGAUGCGGCUCUGCGAUCGGACUCGAUCGCCGCUCAAGAAUUUCGUGGAGCAGCGAGCGGCAGCCAUAGAGAAGAUUUCCAAAUUGGAGGCAUGGCUGUCGAGCGGCGUUCUUGCGGCUCUCAAGGCGUGCGGGAGCUUGAGGUACUUGGAAGCAGGCCAGAGAAUCCAUACUGACGCCCGUGAGAGCACGGGGAUCUUUGCAGAUGCUUUCGUCGCGACCGCGGUGGUGGACAUGUAUGCUAAGUGUGGGAAAAUGGCCGACGCUCGCAAGGUGUUCGAUGAGAUGCCGGCUCGAGACGUGGUGUCCUGGAACGCGCUACUGCUCGGUUACGCAGUGAAUGGCCAGGAGGAUUUGGCUUUGGAGCUGCUCAGGGGAAUGGAAAGAAGUGGCUGCUGUCCAAACGACCGGAGUUUCGUGGCUGGACUGAUGGCCUGUGUCAACUUGGCCGAGAAGGAAGUGGGACAGGAAGUUUGCCGCAAGGUCGUCAAGCUCGGAUGCUUGGGGAAAGGGACGGAGCUCCAUCGCCGGGUUGCCAAGUAUGGCUACGAGUCCGACGAGUUCGUGGAGAACAUCCUGAUCAGUCUCUACGCCAAGUGUGGGAGCCUGGUGGAUGCUCGAGCGGUGUUUGAGAAGAUUCGAAGUCCCAACGUCGUGUCGUGGACAACUUUGAUCAUGGGAUACGCGGAGACUGGUGACGGGAACCUGGCUUUGGAGAUGUUCUCACAAAUGGUUUCUCGGGGAUGCGAACCAAACUCUCGGACUUUCGUCGCUGCGCUCAAGGCUUGUGCUACUUUAGCGUCUUUGGAGCCGGGCGAGCUGGUUGACGGCAGAGUUCUCAAGCUCGGAAGCUUGAGGAAGGGCUCAGCUAUUCACUCUCAAGCUGCAAAACGUGGAUUUGACAAGGAUAUCUUUGUGGCAAGCACUCUCGUCGAUAUGUACUGCAAGUGCGGCAGCUUGGCCGAUGCUACGUCGGUUUUCAGGGGAAUGGCUCGCCGCGACGUCGUAUGCUGGACCUCUCUCAUACUCGGCUGUGCUGAAAACGGGGAGGAGGAGCUGGCUCUAGAGAUGUUUUACUCCAUGCAGUCAGAGGGCUGUUCACCGAAUUCACGCACUUACGUUGCAGUCCUCGCAGCCUGUGCUGGGGUAGCACAGAAAGAAGAGGCGAAGCUCGUUGCCGGACAGUAUUUGAAAGAGGUGACUCUAGAAGUUGGGAAGAAGAUCCAUCUGGACGCUACCAAGGGCGGUUUUCAAAGUGAUACUUUCGUCGGCAACAGCUUAAUUGGUAUGUAUGCAAAAUGUGGAAGCCUGGCUGAUGCUCACAAGGUUUUUGACAGGAUGCCUGAGCGGGACGUGGUCUCUUGGACUGCUCUCAUGCUGGGCUAUGUGGAAUGUGGCGAGGCCGAGGUGGCGUUUUCCUUGUUUGAGAGCAUGGUCUCUGGAGGUUGCGUCCCCGAUGGCAGAAGUUUCGUUGCAGCGUUGAUGGCCUGUACAAGCUUGGCUGAGCAAGAAGAAGGUGACAAGCUUGCCAAAGUCAAGAGCGGAGCUUUGAAAAGAGGCAUGGACAUUCACUCGCUAGCCGCAAGGAACAGGUGGGACGCAGACAUUUUUGUGGCUACGGCGCUGGUGGACAUGUACGCGAACUCCGGGAGCAUGGACAAUGCCCGGACAGUGUUUGAAAAAGUGCUUCAUCGGGAUGUGGUUUUGUGGAACUCGCUCAUGCUGGGAUACGUUCGUAAUGGUGAAGCGGAGCUAGUUUUCGAGCUGUUUACCAAGAUGAGAAGCCAGGGAUGUCCGCCAGACUCGCAGAGCUUUGUUGCUGCUCUGACGGCAUGCGGUAAUCUAGCUGAACGAGACGAAGGCAAGCACGUCAGUGGCAAAGUGGUGAAGGUGGAGUGCUUGGAAAAGGUUAUGGCCUUGCACUCCGAAGCUGGUAAAACAGGAAAACUGGGCGAUAUGUUCGUGGCCAACACGUUGGUGGACGUGUACGCAAAAUGCGGAAGCUUGCUGGAUUGCCGAGCCGCAUUUGACCGGAUGCUUCAUCACGACGUGGUGUCCUGGAACGCUCUCAUGUCAGCACUCGUUGAAAACAGCGAGGGACAGCUGGCUCUAGAUCUCUUCACCAGCAUGCAACAGCAAAGUGGUUUUCUUCCGGAUUCUCGGACGGUAGUUGCGGCUCUUUCGGCCUGUGGUUGUGUGGUGGCACUGCAAACUGGAAAGCAGAUUCAAGCUGACAUCUGUAGGUGCGGACUAGAGAACAACGUUUUGGUGGCCAACUCGCUGGUCGAUUUCUAUGGCAGGUGCGGCAGGAUCUCAGUCUCUCAACAGCUGUUUGAAGCAGUCACAGACCCGAGAAGUGUUUCGGCAUGGACUUCUCUGAUAGCGGGAUACAGUCGUCAAGGAGACGCACAGAAGACGAUUGAACUGUUUGAAGAAAUGCAGAGACAAGGGAUGAAAGGAGACAGAAUCACGUAUCUCUCAGUUCUAGCAGCUUGCAGUCAUGCUGGGCUUGUCGAGAAGGGAAAGACGUACUUCGAGGCAAUGCGAGCAGACCGGGACAUUACUGUGGAUGCCGUGCAUUACGCCUGCAUGGUGGAUCUUCUGGGACGUGCCAAUUAUCUGGAUGAGGCCAUUGUGGUGCUGAAGAGCAAUAUACCAUCGAACGUAGUAGCAUGGACAGCGUUCCUGGGCGCGUGUGGAAAGUGGGGGAAUCUAGAGCUGGGAAGGCUGGCUUUUGAAACGAUUGUGGGGCUGGACGAGAGAACUUACUCCGCUUAUACGCUGAUGGGAAAUCUCUUUGCGAGCUUAGGAAUGUGGGAGGAGCAAGCUCGGGUAUUGGAGGAAUGCAAGAGGAUACAAACAGAGGCAGUUUUGCAAAAGAUGAUAAAGGUUUGCUCGUAUCAAGCAUGAUCAACGACUCUGCCUUUCAA